UCCAACUUGGAGGUGUAGUGCUUCAUAUCAACUCUCAAAAGUCCAACAAGGCAGAGACAUGGAUCACUUCAAUCUGUAUAUAUAGCUCCAUUACCUACCUACCUUCUUCUAGUGAAACGCAAGCUCGAGCCACAAAGAUCUUGAAACAUCAUCAUCAUCAUCAUCAUCUUCUUCUUCUUCUUAUGUUGUCUUCGUUGAUGGAGGGAAGAGAGCACCAACUUCCUAUUGCCACUACUACUACUACUGCUACGAGCGCUAAAGCUCAGACCAAAGUGCUCGACUCAGUAGUAGCCAUGAAAGCUAUGUCCAAGCUUGGGGGCUUCCAUGCCGGCUACUUCCGCAUCAGCCUGUCGCUCUGCGGCCAGGCACUACUGUGGAAGACCCUCAGCGAGCCAAGCACCGACUCCCGGGCCCUCCGCCUCGUCGUCCGCUUGCUACCCUCCGCCACGUACGUCCUCGUCUGGUCCGUGGCCCUCGCCGUCCUCGUCGCACUCUGCUUCCUCUACGCCCUCCGCUGCUUCCUCCGGUUCCGCUGCGUCAAGGCCGAGUUCUCCCACCAUGUCGGCGUGAACUACCUCUUUGCGCCGUGGAUCUCGUGGCUCCUCCUCCUCCAGUCCACCCCCGCCUUCCUCCACCCCGGCGCUGCUCUGUACCGCGUGCUUUGGUGGGUCUUCUCCGUUCCCAUCCUCAUGUUCGAUGUCAAGAUCUACGGCCAGUGGUUCACCGAGGGGAAGAAGUUCCUGUCGAUGGUGGCGAACCCCACGAGCCAGAUCACGGUGAUCGGGAACCUGGUCUGCGCGAGGGCGGCGGCAAGGAUGGGGUGGGAGGAGAUCGCCACCUGUAUGUUCUCCCUCGGCAUGGCGCACUACCUCGUCCUCUUCGUGACGCUGUACCAGCGGUUCGUCGGGUGCAACAGCCUUCCCGCCAUGCUCCGCCCCGUCUUCUUCCUCUUCAUCGCCGCCCCCAGCAUGGCCAGCUUGGCCUGGGAUUCCAUCUCCGGAUCCUUCGGUACGGGGUCCAAGAUGCUCUUCUUCCUCUCCCUCUUCCUAUUUGCCUCCCUGGUCUCGCGGCCUGCUCUGUUCAAGAGGUCGAUGAGGCGGUUCAACGUUGCAUGGUGGGCGUACUCCUUCCCGCUGACGGUGCUGGCGCUGGCGGCCACCGAGUACGCACAGGAGGUGGAGGGAGGCGUCUCCAACGCCCUCAUGCUCGUCCUCGCCGUCCUCUCCGUGCUGGUCACCGUCGCCCUCAUCGUCUUCACCGCGAUCAAGGCCGGCGACCUCCUUCCCCACGGCAAUGACCCCUUCGCGCCGCCGUGUUCGCCCUGAUGCUCAUGCAACAUGUUGGUUUUGUUUGGCAUUUGCUAUGUCGAUCUAAAGCCAGAGAGGAAUAGUUCUCUGUAUUUCUUGGACAUGUUCUUGUGUCCACUGUGGAAUCCAUCUCCAUCCACGAA